UGGGCUGCUCCAACAUGAUUUCUCCAGCAGUUCUCUUUAGACCACCUUCCUGGUGAGGCACCACUUGGAACAGCCACUCCUGAGGAAACCCUUGGAGGAGAAGGAGGAUGAAGAAAGCUCUGAUUCUGAGGGCUCUCGCUCUGGCCGCCAUGAUGAGCCCCUGUGGAGGUGAAGACAUCGUGGCGGACCAUGUGGGCACUUAUGGCACAAAUGUCUACCAGACGUACGGCGCCUCUGGCCAGUUCACGUUUGAAUUUGAUGGAGACGAGCUCUUCUACGUGGACCUGAGGAAAAAAGAGACUGUCUGGAGGCUGCCCGAGUUUAACAAUAUCACCAUGUUUGAAAUUCAAAGUGCCCUGAGAAACAUUGUUAUGUCAAAAAGAAAUUUGGACAUCUUGAUGAAAAAUUCCAACUUUACACCUGCCACCAACGACAUCCCUGAAGUGGCUGUGUUUCCCAAAUCCUCUGUGGCCCUGGGGAUUCCCAACACCCUCAUCUGUCAAGUGGACAACAUCUUUCCUCCUGUGAUCAACAUCACUUGGUUUUACAAUGGACAAUUUGUUGCAGAAGGUGUCGCUGAGACCACCUUCUACCCCAAGAGUGACCACUCCUUCCUCAAGUUCAGUUACCUCACCUUUCUUCCCGCCAGUGAAGACUUCUAUGACUGCAGAGUGGAGCACUGGGGCCUGGAAGAGCCCCUCGUCAAGCACUGGGAGCCCAAGAUUCCAACCCCUACAUCAGAGCUGACAGAGACUGUGGUCUGUGCCCUGGGGUUGCCCAUGGGCCUCAUGGGCAUCGUGGCGGGCACUGUCCUCAUCCUCCGAGUCCGGUGCUCAGGUGCUGCCUCCAGACGUCGAAGGGCCAUGAGUCAUGGCCUGAAAGAUGGGAAGGAGAGGAAAGUCUUCAUUUCUGUUUUCACUGCAGCAUCGGGAGCACAGGACCAUCAGCCUCAUGCUACUUGGUGUUUCAGGUGAUCAGUCUUUACAAGAAAAGAAAGGCGUGGUUCAGACUCCAGUUCCCCAUCUUGACCUUGACUGAGACGUGCUCCUUGGUCCACUUCAUCACAGAGCUCCUUCCACGCCCUCCUGCUCUCCCUGCUGGGGCGGACUUUAUGGAGGAAUUUUCCUUCGAAGAUCACUGACCCUCACGAAUUCUCCCAACUUAGUCUUUGAUUCAUUGCCUACCUGUCACAGAGACCUGGAUUGUUCCACCCAGCCACCUAGUUCUUGGUCACUCUAAUCCAACAUCUGUUCCAAACAAAUAAAUAGAUCUUGCAUCAAGAGACUGUCUUGCUAAGUGAAGUAAGUCAGAAAGAGAAAGACAAAUACCAUAGGGUAUGACUUCUGGGUGGAAUCUAGAAUAUGACGCAAGUGAACCUUCCUAUGAAACAGAAGCGGGAUCAGGAGCAUAGCGGAUGGACUGGCAGCUGCCAAGGGAGGAGGGGGAUGGAAAAAGUUGGACUGGGAGUUUGGGAUUAGCAGAUGCAAACUGGUACUUGUAGAAUGGAUAAACAACAGGGUCCUACUGUGUAGCACAGGGAACUAUCUUCAGUAUCCUGUGAUAAACCAUAAUGGAAAAUGACCACAAGAAUAUAUACAGAUGGAUGUAUGUAUAACUGAGUCAUUUUGCUGUACAGCAGUAAUUAACACAACAUUGUAAUUCAACAAAAAGAAAUUUUUUAAAAAGACAAA